CCGACGGACGGAAGUGCGUCAUCACGCUUGACCUUGUCUUCUUCUCUUGGUUUUUCCUACAGACGCAGAGGACAGCAUGGCGAAUAAAGAUCCAGCAAAUUUCAUGCAGCAGCUGCGGCAGAUCGCAGCCCGGAUGUCCUCCGGACCCCGGGGUUUAGGGGUGGGACUCAAACUGCUGAUGGGGGCUGGAGCUCUGGUUUACGGAAUGAAGGAGGCAACAUACACAGUUGAAGGAGGGCAGAGGGCGAUCAUCUUCAACCGGAUCGGGGGGAUGCAGAUGGACACAGUCCUGGCUGAAGGACUGCACUUCAGGAUCCCCUGGUUCCAGUAUCCCGUCAUCUACGACAUCAGAGCCCGACCCCGGAAGAUCUCCUCCCUCACCGGAAGCAAAGAUCUCCAGAUGGUUAACAUCUCACUACGUGUUCUCUCACGGCCGCUGGCCUCCAACCUGCCCAUCCUGUACCAGCAGCUCGGGCAGGACUACGACGAGCGAGUGCUGCCGUCCAUCGUCAAUGAAGUGCUGAAGAGCGUGGUGGCCAAGUUCAACGCCUCGCAGCUCAUCACACAGAGAGCGCAGGUUUCGCUGCUGAUCCGCAGAGAGCUGUUCGAGCGGGCCAAAGACUUCAACAUCAUCCUGGACGACGUGGCCAUCACGGAGCUCAGCUUCAGCCGGGAAUACACCGCCGCCGUGGAGGCCAAGCAAGUCGCUCAGCAGGAGGCGCAGAGAGCCCAGUUUUACGUGGAGAAAGCAAAACAGGACCAGAGACAUAAAAUCAUCCAGGCUGAAGGAGAGGCCGAGGCUGCCAAGAUGCUGGGAGAGGCCGUGACGAAGAACCCCGGCUAUCUGAAGCUCAGGAAGAUCCGGGCGGCGCAGAGCAUCGCCAAGACGAUGGCGACGUCUCAGAACAGAGUUUACCUGAACGCCGACAGCCUGGUGCUCAACCUGCAGGACAAAGACAACUUCAAUUUGUUGAUGGAGAAGUAAAGAGGAUUUCCCAUCAUGCCUUGUGGUCCGAUUCUACAGGAAAGCAUCGUCUCAUGUAACCCCCGCCCCCCCCCCCCCCCCCCCCACACACACACACACAAACUGACUUUAUCCUGCAGAGAGCGUCACCCUGCAGCUGGGGCUUUUAUUUUGAAAGGUUCCUCUGGUGUCGGUUGAGGUCUUCAGUUUCUGUAUGUUUUUUUUAUUUCAAUUGUAAUCAUCUGUCGAUGCGGUCAUUGCUUUUUCAGAAUUAGCGAAAUGUUCUAUAAAUCUGUGCUUCUCUUCAGCCCGAUAUAUUAUUUAUGUAGAUCUGGAAACAACGUAGUAGAAGCUGUGAAUAAAUAACACAUCUAGAAGACUUGAAAUAAUACUAAAAGCAGCAGUUUCUGAAAUACCAAAUGAUCUGUUUCUUACCAACAUCAGAGGAAUCUUUUCACCAAAUGAUAAAUGAUAUUGUGGCUUCUCUCCUAAAAUAAAGUUGUGACAGUACACAGAGAGAGCUUUGUGAGAGCUGAAAUAUUACUCUGUUCUUCCUCUCAAACUUUUUGUAUGUCUUUAAUAUUCUCUUCUUCUCGGACGGUUCGACCCUCUGAUCCGUCUGCUGAUUUACUGAUUGUUUAGUUUUGGUCUUGUUAAUUUUAUAAAAGUUCAAGAGCUCAUGA